GCAGCGCAGCGCAGGCAGCGGGAGCCCGGCGGGAGGCCGGGGCGCGGCCGCCGCCAUGAAGAAGCAAUUCAACCGCAUGAAGCAGCUGGCCAACCAGACCGUCGGCAGGGCUGAGAAAACAGAGGUGCUUAGUGAAGACCUGCUGCAGAUCGAGAGACGUCUUGACACUGUGAGAUCUGUUUUCCACAUCGCACAGAAACGGUUAAUUGCGUGUUCUCAGGGCCAGUAUGGUACAGACCCUGAUAAGAGACAUAAAAAGCUUCCUCUAACAGCUCUUGCUCAAAAUAUGCAAGAGGGAUCUGCCCAGCUAAGUGAUGAAACGCUGUUGGGGAAAAUGCUUGAUACGUGUGGUGAUGCAGAGAAUAAAUUGGCAUUGGAGCUCUCCCAUCAUGAAGUACAGAUUGAAAAGGACAUUCUAGAACCACUGAGCACGCUAACAGAGGUAGAGAUUCCCAACAUUCAGAAGCAGAGGAAACAGCUUGCGAAACUGGUUUUGGACUGGGAUUCUGCUAGGGGAAGGUAUAACCAAGCCCACAAGACUUCAGGAACAAAUUUUCAAAUGCAUCCUUCAAAAAUAGAUUCCCUUAAGGAAGAAAUGGAUGAAGCUGGAAAUAAAGUAGAGCAAUGCAAGGAUCAACUAGCAGCAGAUAUGUAUAACUUUGUGUCCAAAGAAGGAGAAUAUGCUAAGUUUUUUGUUAUGUUAUUAGAAGCACAAGCAGAUUACCAUAGAAAAGCAUUAACAGUCAUAGAAAAGGUCCUACCCGAAAUUCAAGCCCAUCAAGACAAAUGGACUGAAAAACCAGCCUUUGGAACACCAUUGGAAGAGCAUCUCAAGCGCAGUGGUCGUGAAAUUGCAAUCCCUAUUGAAGCCUGUGUAAUGAUGCUUCUGGAGACAGGGAUGAAGGAGGAGGGCUUAUUCAGAAUUGCUGCUGGAGCCUCCAAGUUAAAAAAGCUCAAAGCUGCCUUAGACUGUUCAACUUCACAACUUGAUGAAUUUUAUUCUGAUCCCCAUGCUGUUGCAGGUGCCUUGAAGUCCUACUUGCGAGAAUUGCCAGAGCCUUUAAUGACCUACAGUCUUUAUGAAGAGUGGACACAAGCUGCAAAUAUUCAGGACCAGGAUAAGAAGCUACAAGAGUUAUGGAGGAUUUGUAACAAAUUACCUAAGCAUUUUCAUGCUAAUUUCAGGUAUUUAAUCAAAUUUUUAGCAAAGCUUGCACAGAACAGUGAUGUCAACAAAAUGACACCCAGCAAUGUCGCAAUAGUCCUGGGCCCCAACUUGUUGUGGGCAAAAACCGAAGGAUCCCUUGCUGAAAUGGCAGCAGCAACUUCGGUCCAUGUGGUAGCAAUUAUUGAGCCAAUUAUUCAGCAUGCAGACUGGUUCUUCCCUGGAGAUCAAGACUUCAAUGUGUCUGGGGCAUUUGUUGCAGUUCCUGCUGUUAAUUCAAAUCAUUUGUCACACACUGGGAAUGAAUAUGAUUCUGGGACACUGGAACGGAAGAGGCCUGUUAGUAUGGCUGUAAUGGAGGGGGAUUUAUUGAAGAAGGAAAGCUUUGGUGUCAAGGUUAUGGACUUCCAAGCAAACCCUCGGAGAUGUGGCACUAUAAAUAGAAAGCACACAUCCCCAGCUUUCCAGCCACCACUUCCACCCACAGAGGCUGGCAUGUUGGCUCAUUCUGGAGCAGAGCAGCACUCACAAGCUGCUGUGGCUGAAACAAGCCCAGUGGGUGCUGGUUUUGCCCUAUCUGCUGGCACAGCAGAACAGUUACAAAGCCAAGGAAAUGAGGAUGUCAGUACCUCAAAACCUAAGGACAACGCAUCUUCAGCUACUCCUCCACCCGUGAGAAACGGUGGGCAUGUGAAUGCUGCCCCAAACCAGUCAGCAAGUAGCAGUAAUCAGCUUUCUGUUAAUCAGCCACAGAAUGCAGCAGGUCCCAGUCCCCAUUCAGUGAGAAGAGCUGUUAAAAAGCCUGCGCCAGCACCUCCCAAGCCAGCUAACCCCCCGCCAGGGCAGCCAGGAAGCCAAAGCUCUGCUCCAGCUGCUCAGCCACCUUCAAUCUCUCCAAAGCCACUUGCCAGAAGCUCUUCUCCUCCUGCCCAACAUGCAAACCAGGGAGCAGCCCUGACCUCCAGUUCCCAGGUUUCUGCACCUCGGCGAUACUCCAGCAGCCUGUCCCCAAUCCAAGCUCCCAGCCACCCACCACCACAGCCCCCAACGCAGGCUACUCCUCCACUGCAGCCCAAAGCAAACAAUCAAGCAUCUCCUGCUGCACCCAGCAGUGAACAUGGACCAGAGCAGCCCUGUUACACUCCUCCGCAGACUCCAACACCACCUGAUACACCCCCCCUAGGCAAGCACAGUACUAGUUCCCCGCUGUCACAGCCGCAGUCAUCUGCUCAAGACACUUCACAGUCUCACUCUCCACCUCACAGUGGCACGCUGCCAAGGCCGCGGCCUGUGCCCAAGCCCAGAAACAGACCCAGUGUUCCCCCUCCUCCUCAUCCUCCUUCUCAGCUGGCUGGAGACGGUAUUAUUGCAAAUCCCACGCAAACAGCUUCCAAAAUAGUAACAGACUCCAAUUCCAGUAUUCCAGAACCACUUCAAAACCCUUCUGCAGAGCUUCCUACGGAGGCAGCGGGCAAAGAACUGCACAACCACCUCCCUCUAGAUAUUGACAAUGACACAGAAAGCACUGCUCUGUGAAGGGAGCCAAAACACUCUUUCCUUUCCUGACGGGAAAACUGACAGAGCCAACAGUGAAAAGCUUCUCCUGCCGGCACGGAGACCUGUGUGCACCUCAAUGCAGGGCGAGGAGCUGUGCAGGAGAGGUGUAAUGAUCUGUGUGCCUCGAGUUAUCCACAUCCCCGAUGGAAGGAAUUAAUCACGGCAGAAGCGUGCAUAGGAAGUGUAGCUGCUGCUGUUACCAACGGUAUUAGCGAAAUUCCAACCGAUUUUAAGAAGCGAAUUAUUAGUUAUUUAAAGUGCAUGUAUUACGGAAGUAAUCUUUUUAAUGCCGCGGUUAGACUCUUAUUCUAGUUGUUAGGCGUUACAAGGAGAGGCCUUGCGAGAGACAUUCCCUCACUGCUUUGCUGCAGGUUUUUGAGACGUGAACCAAAGCCGGCACAGCGGCGGUGACUGCUGGCCCUGUCACUGCAAACAGCUGUGUGUGCUCAGUGCCUUGACGGACUGUGACUGCAGGAGGAACCUUACUGUAUUGUAAUCAUUUCAGCGCUACUCUGUGAUCAGUACCUAAUCUGUAUUUCAUAGUUAUUUGUAUUAACCAGCCUGCUUUUUUGUUUAUGUGGAAUUAAUGACUGUUUGGAGAAAAAGCUGUGGAAGUGGUUUUGUGCUUUCAUAGGAAACGGUUGGAUUUUGAAAGAAAAAAAAAAUUCUUUGAACAUCUGUUUUGAUGCAUCAGUUGGGUGAACGUUUAUAAAAUUAAAGACCGCCUUUUGUCAA